CACAUUAUGGAAGCCGUUAAGAGCUUCGUUCCCUGCCUGAGCAACUGAGCUGAGACCCCAGCCAGGUCCCAGGACAUGGGGAACACGGUGAGCUGUUGCUGCCGUGCAAAUCCUGGGGACCGCCAGGAGGAGGAGCAGCGGUCACGACAUGAGGGCAGUCAGAGCCAACAGACCUCUGUCGAAGUAUUGGAGGGUGGCUCAGUGACACCACGCACUACUAGUGCAGAUAGCUUUGACUCACCAUUGUUCACCAAUGAGGAGGGCACUAGCCAGUCAAGACUAGACCUGCCACUAGAGAUCUUGCAACAGCUGAAGCCUAGUGCAUCCACACUUGCCACCAACAUCCAUGUGGAGGCAGCUUCUGCUGUGUACAAGAGUAAACUCCGAUAUCAAGAGGAGUUAGCUGCUGCAGGGCUGGUGUCGGAAGUUUUGACCACGAGUAAACUCCUAUAUCAACAGGAGGUAGCUGCUGCAGGGCUGGUGUCGGAAGUUUUGACAGAGAGCAAACUCCGAUAUCAACAGGAGGUAGCUGCUGCAGGGCUGGUGUCGGAAGUUUUGACCGAGAGCAAACUCCGAUAUCAACAGGAGUUAGCUGCAGCAGGGCUGGUGUCGGAAGUUUUGACAGAGAGCAAACUCCGAUAUCAACAGGAGUUAGCUGCUGCAGGGCUGGUGUCGGAAGUUUUGACCGAGAGCAAACUCCGAUAUCAACAGGAGUUAGCUGCUGCAGGGCUGGUGUCGGAAGUUUUGACCGAGAGUAAACUCCGAUAUCAACAGGAGGUAGCUGCUUCAGGGCUGGUGUCGGAAGUUUUGACCGAGAGCAAACUCCGAUAUCAACAGGAGGUAGCUGCUGCAGGGCUGGUGUCAGCCCAACUGGAUAAGAAUGUGCAGUCAAAGGGUGCUCCCUUUGCAAAGCUGUACACAGGUUUUCAUUUCAUGGAGAGGCCGGAGUCCUUGGGUUGCUCUCUCAAGGUCCGUAAGAUGCCGCUGCUGAUGACGCCAAUUAAGGAGACACUUUCUGAGCUUCAUCAGCUUGUUGCAAGCCUAAAUGGUUCUGCACAUGAUUCAGCCAAGGACAUGAAGCUCAGAGAGGAGCUUUGCCAUGGUGAAAGAAUGAACAUCCUCUCCUCAUUUAAAACCGAUGAAGCUGGAUUGGCUGAGAUUAGAGACUCUGCCCCCCACGUGGUGUUUGGCCUGAGCGCGGCAUCUUCGCUGGGCAACCUGGUGGAGCCAAAAGACACCUCAGUGAGAUCCCCGAUUUCCAAGCAGGACAAGCUACGCUUGGAGGCGAAGAGUUUACCCCCUACACAGGUCAUCAAAUGGCUUGUGUUAAUGGAGAGGCCAUUGUCCCUGGGCCCCAUCACCUUACCAGCUGUAAAGCUGGAGAACCGGCUGGUUCAGAAUCCGUCGACUGAGGUGGUGGUGAAUGACGCUCCAAAGGGGCAGUCAACCUCUCCCUACAGUGAGGAGGGUCUGUAUAAUGUUCCAGAUCAGGACCAGGACCAAUACAGCUUUGGGCCGCCCGUGGACAUUUCUGUUUACAGUGAGAGUGAAUGGAAAGGGCAGACCAUCAAGAGCAUCGUCAUCAGAAAAGGCUACGCUGUGCUCUCCCAGUGCUUUGGAUUCCUCCGGCGGGUCAAAGCAGACAACUACUGUGCCCUGCGAGCCUCCCUCUACCAGGCGCUGAUGCACACUAACAAACUUCCUUACUGGCUGCAGCAGAAGAGCAUCUUAUUGAUCCCUGAACAGCUUGAGUCUCGGUAUGGUCUGAUUAAAGGCUGGCUGUUCCCUGACACAUGCAAGCAUACAGGUGGGAUCGACAAGUCUGUGGGUCUGCUGAAAUGCUAUCUGCGCCUCCUCCAGAAUUGGUGGCAUGCGGCGGCAGCCUCCCCUGGGGUCGAAGGUCGCAGGAGUGUGUGUGAGCAGCUGUUUCAGGGCGGAGAAGACGAGUUCGGUGUCAUAGAGGCACUCAAGCUACUCAUGCUAGCCCAUGCCGUGGACUUGCAUGCAGCCAAACAGAGGGGCGACAACGUGCCAAUCUUCUGCUGGUUGCUAUUCGCCCGCGAUACCUCCUCGUCCCCACGCUCAUACCUUGCCAACCACCUGAGUCAGGUUGGCUUCAGUAGAGGCAUGGAGCAGGUAGACAUGUUUCUCCUGAGUUGCGCAAUGCGCUUGACCAUCAAGGUCUACCGCCUGCACAUGGCUGAAACAGAGGAGUUCAUCUCAUUUUACCCAGAUGACAGCAUUCAGGACGGGCACUGUGUCUGCCUGGCAACCGAGGACGACCGCCAUUAUAACGUGGCAUUUGGCAACCCUGUCUAUGCCGAAGAGGACCUCUCUGAAGAAUAUGACUGAUUGGCCAACCAGCUAUUCUGCUGCUGCUUGAUUGUUGACUCAAGUGAUCAACGUCCAAUCAUGGCCAAUUCAGGAUACAAUUUCUCACAUUUCAAACUUACCCUACUAAAUAAAUUAUCUCAGCAUCAUAUUUAUGACUGUAUUGUGAAUUCUUUGUCUGUAAGAUUUCCUUUGGAAGAUGUAGACAAGGUAUAGCUCAUUGUUGACUAUGCACAGCAAUGAUAACUGUAAUGAAGGGAUUUUAAAGACUUCAGUGGAUCCCCACAUGUCUCAUACCCUUUUGUAAACAUCAGCUGAGCGGCAAAGCAAAUACAGCAAAUACAAAACAAGUGCCAGCCCUAUCAAUGUGAAAGUAUGCUGUUAUAUCUGAAUGUAAAUGUUUUAUAAUGUAUUGGUAUACUAAAAUACACUGACAACACAUAGACCUAAAUACUUUACUAUGAGUAUACAAUUCAAUGGUUUCUACAACCCCUUUUCCCCCAAAAAAUGAGCUGGUGUGCAAAGAAGAAAUUAAUUUGAUUAUUUGCAAAUGAAGUAGAACCAUAUUUAAUUCAAAUAAAA